AUGGCGCCCAUGUUUCUACACGAAACUUGGCUCCAUGGCGCCACUCAUGGGCGCCAUGGCGCCCGACUCAGCUAUUUAUAUAGCUUCGGGGAAGCAGACUGGACAUUUGUCAACUCAUUUUACGAGUUGGAACAAGAGGUAAUCGACUCUAUGGCAAAGUUUUCGCAUGUAAAGACAAUUGGACCAACCAUACCAUCAAUGUUUAUAGAUAAGCAACUACAAGAUGACAAAGAAUAUGGUCUCAGUAUCUUCAAGCCUAACACUGAUGCUUGCAAGAAAUGGCUCGAACAACAAGCACCUUGUUCGGUCAUUUACGUAUCGUUUGGAAGCUUGUCCGAGGUAGGACCUGAGCAAAUGGAGGAAUUGGCAAAGGGCUUAAAAGCUAGCAACAAGUAUUUCCUGUGGGUUGUUAGAGCAUCAGAAGAAUCGAAACUUCCCAAAAAUUAUGCAGAAGAAUUGUCAGAAAAGGGACUAAUAGUUUCAUGGUGUCCUCAAUUAGAGGUUUUGGCACACGAAGCAUUAGGUUGUUUCAUCACACAUUGUGGGUGGAAUUCGACUCUGGAGGCCUUGAGUUUGGGAGUUCCUAUGGUUGCAAUGCCAUGUUGGACUGAUCAAAGCACAAAUGCUAAAUUUGUGAGUGACGUAUGGAAAACUGGGAUCAGGACUCUGCCUGAUGAGAAAGGAAUCGUUCGAGAUACAGAGAUUGUUCGUUGCUUGGAACUUGUGAUGGACAGGGAGGAAGGGAAAGAAAUUCAAACAAAUGCAAUCAAAUGGAAGAAAAUGGCACGAGAAGCAGUUGAUAAAGGGGGAAGCUCGGAUACAAACAUCGACGAAUUUGUUUCUGCAUUGAUGAAUCCUCCCAUCUGAUUAAUUUGAUUGACAUUAAUUACAGAAUUGUAUUUCACUGUGUUCAGUCGAUCUAUUAAUGUACAACCUCCCCAUCAAGAAUAAAUAAAAUUGUCCUAUCUUAUCUAAUAUAAAUCAAGCUUUUAGACUGA